AUGCUUCUUCACCUGAUUAGGUCGUCGACAACGUCUGUCGUGUCAUCUUUAGUGAGUGCUCCUAAUGAUGGUAAACUCUUCGCUGAGUUUAUUGUGGCUGACACUGCCAUCCCUAAGGCUACUUUGGCUGCUCACAUUGCAUUUUCCGUCUCCACCGCUACUAUUUCUGUCCAAGUGAUGGAUAACUUUAUGUUUGCCGCUCUUACUUUGGUUGUAACUGACACGUAA